GCCAAUGAGAAGCCGUCUCCAGCCCAAAAGGGGCAGGUCUUGAGGCGGCUUUUGGGCUAUGCCGACCGUGCCGAAGCGAAGAGCACGACGGCAACGCCGCCGGCUGCGAAGAGAACGAAGGCCGCGCCAAAGGCCGCGCCAAAGGCCAUGCCGGAGCCGGAGCCAUCGUCGCGAGCUGUGGAGGCGCUGGCUGCUGCCACCGAAGUGGCACUGGUUUGUGGCCAGAUGUUGCGACAGGGCAAAGAUUGGCAAAGCGAAGUGGAUCGAGAAUUGCGCCAUCACCUCCCAGAUGUCAAGUCCUGGUCUUGGGAAAUUGGAGAGGCAUGUCGCGACGAGGACGCAACUGUUUCCCUUUUCGCAGAAUCUGAAGGUUCCGAAGUGGCCGUGAUCCUUGAUCCAUGGCGGGAUGAGCUUUUCACCGCCUUACGCGGUGGCGGCGCCGAAAUGAACUGUGAGCGGCUGACCUGUGCGGCAGGAGACGCCCUGGAAGAUGUGCUGGUAGGCACAGCGUCUUCUGCAGAUACUGAGAUCUCCUGGCCGCAGUUGCGGGGGAUUUACUAUUUGGGUCCACCACGGUCCCGCGGAGUGCGCAUCUUGCAGAAUGCCAGCCUUGGUCAUGCCUGGGUGGCAGCUGGUCGUUUGGGGUCCUUCUUCAGCGUCAAAUCCUCCCGGGCUGGAGCCUUGCUGGUCAAGGAAGCGGGUGGCGAUUUCCAGGAAGGAGGUAUUUCAGCAGCCAAUAGCAGCCUUCGACAGCAGGUCGAAGAGGUCCUACAAGAGGCGGAGGUGUUGAAGUUUCUGAGUGCAGAAACUUCGACCGUUUGACGCGGCGCGGAAAAGGU